ACGCGAGAGUCGCCAACCCGCCGACGCAGCGUCGUGCUCGCUCAUUCAUCGUGCGUUCUUCUCGCGGACGGUGUGCGGUCUUCCCGGUUCCUUUUGUCCCCGUCUCGACGACGUCUUCGUCCCAGCGAGGCAGGUCGCGCUUCGACGCGCAGGAAACGCGUAGGAAAGAGAAGGGCACGCAGCGUAGACAAAGGAAAGGAAGGUGAGGUAUCCCACGAUCGUCAUGAGAUCCGUCGGGGUAUUCUGUUUGGCGGCACUCUGCCUGGCCGCGACCACCCUCGCCAAGGUCGAAGUCGAGGAUGGGGUCCUCGUGGUCACCAAGGACAACUUCGACAGCGUCAUCCAGGACAACGAUUACGUGCUCCUCGAGUUCUAUGCUCCAUGGUGUGGACAUUGCAAAGCACUAGCACCCGAGUAUGCUAAGGCAGCAAAGAAAUUAGAGGAAACUAACUCACCAAUCAAAUUGGGCAAGAUAGAUGCGACAGUCGAGUCGGCACUUACUGAGAAACACUUAGUGAGAGGAUAUCCCACUCUCAAAUUUUACCGUAAAGGAACUCAAAUUGACUACACAGGAGGCCGUCAGGCUGACGAGAUUGUAAACUGGUUGCUCAAAAAGACUGGUCCACCUGCCAAAGAUCUGUCUACGGUUGACGAAGCUAAGGCAUUUAUCGAAGCACACAAGGUCGCCAUUGUUGGAUUCUUUAAGGAUGUUUCAAGUGAUGUCGCCAAGGUAUUCUUGGAAGUUGGUAGCAUAGUGGACGAUCAUGUGUUUGGUAUUACAAGCGCCGACGAAGUGUUCAGCGAAUACGGAAUUGAAGAUGGAAAGAUCGUGCUAUUUAAGAAGUUCGAUGAAGGUAAAGCUGUCUUUGAUGGAGAGUAUACGACUACAGCUGUACAGAACUUUAUCUCCGUAUUUUCAUUACCUCUGGUUGUCGAAUUUAACCAGGAUACAGCGCAGAAGAUCUUCAGCGGAGAUAUCAAGAGUCACUUGUUGCUUUUCCUCAGUAAAGAAGCUGGUCACUAUGACAAAUAUAUCGAAGGAAUUCAAGAACCGGCGAAGAAAUACCGUAGCGAGGUUUUGUUUGUGACAAUCAAUUGUGAUGAAAGCGAUCACGAACGUAUCCUGGAAUUCUUCGGUUUGAAAAAAGAUAAUGUACCCGCUAUGCGGCUUAUCAAGCUCGAACAGGACAUGGCUAAAUACAAGCCUGACAAACCAGAGAUUACCACCGAGAAUAUUCUGGAAUUUGUCACUGCUUUCGUAGAGGGCAAACUGAAACGACACCUGCUUACCCAAGACUUGCCGGAGGAUUGGGACAAGAACCCGGUUAAGAUUCUCGUCGGCACAAACUUCCACGAGAUUGUCUUUGACAAGGAAAAGGAUGUUUUUGUUGAAUUCUAUGCUCCUUGGUGCGGUCAUUGUCAGCAGUUAGCGCCCAUUUAUGACCAACUUGGAGAAAAAUACAAGGACAAUGAUAAACUGGUUAUCGCAAAAAUGGAUGCCACUGCUAACGAGUUGGAGGACAUAAAAGUCUUGAACUUCCCCACACUGACACUCUAUAAGAAAGAGACGAAUGAGGCUGUGGAAUACAAUGGUGAGAGGACACUUGAAGGUCUUUCCAAAUUUAUCGAAAGCGGUGGCGCAUAUGGCGAAGCUGCAGAAGAGGCUCAGGAAGAGGACGAGGAUGAUGAUGUGCCAAGGAAGGACGAGUUGUAAACGCACAUAAUCAUUAUUAUAAGAAGUAAAAUCAACAUUGACUCGUCUGUUGUAUUUCCUGCAUCCAGUCAAUGAACUCCACAAUUUCCCGCUUUAUAAAAAUAUUUCAUUUCUUAUUAAGAUAAAAAAAAUUGAUGGUGCAUCUUCACACAUUUGUUACUUUAGGAAUUAAGUUUAUAUUAGGUAAAUCGCAGUGUACAAUUUGUAAUUAAGAAUUUUGUUUGCGGUUUUUCAUAGGGUUAUCGUCACAACUAAUACCAGCUCAAAUGGCGUACUUCCGUGAUACGUAGAAUCACUUUAUCUUGAUAGUAAAAUAUAAAUUAUGUAAACAAAGAAUUAUGAGACUUUACAAUAUACUUGGGUAUUUAAUACACAAUAAUAACAAAUGUUUUCCGUAUUUCUGUAUGGUUACGCCAUUUGUGUUAAGUGUGUUGACUUGAUGUGACUUUCUACCUUCUGAAAACUGCGACGUUAUCAUAGUUUCGCGCUUUUAUUAUUCCAUAGUGUGAAACGUGGGACGGGAAGAUAAAUUAUUAAUCUAAAAACGUCUUAAAGUCACUGUUUAUUUUUAUAAGGACAUUUUAUCGACAGAUGUCUGAAUGAUUCGUUGCUCGUUGCGGCGCGCAAGCGGAAGCGAAUCUUCGAGUGCUGUAUGAGAGCUAGUGGUUUAUAAACACAUUUCCAAUUUUUAGCAUUUAAAACUAUCAUGACAAGUGAUGGUUUUAGAUAUAUAUAGUUAGGAUAGGCAGCCGUUUCAAUGUCUCCUAGUUUCAAUUGACUGAAACUCUAGGAAAUUAGCAAUGAAGCACAUAUUGUGGAAAAAAGAAA